AUGAAGUUUGGCGACCAUCUCGAAAGAGAGUCUGUUCCAGAAUGGAGUCUCCAUAACCUCGACUACAAUUCCAUCAAGCAUGAGAUCAAGAUGCACACGACGCGCGACCAGGCCACGGCUAUGGCCAUCCCCGGGCAAAAAGACGAGGCUCUUUCGCGAUUCGAGGAUGGCUUAUACAUGGAGCUCGAUCGUCAGCAUGAAAGACUGCAGUUAUUUGUUUCAAGCAAGGCAGAUGAGAUUUCGCGCCGAUUAGAAUACCUCGCCAAGAAUAUUGAUCGUUGGGCAUCAAAGAACCACGAACAGCUCGCCGGUGAGUCUGCCAUCAAGCACCAUAGGCGCUUCACCAAGUACGAGCGCGAAUUGGUUCGUUGUGGCAGUGACAUUCAAUCCCUCGAGCGCUUCGUCAAGGCUCAGACUGUCGCCUUUCGCAAGAUCACAAAAAAAUACAAGAAAUGGACUGGUUCUACAACCCUCGGUGUUCGUCUCUAUGAGAACGUUCUCUCCGACCCCAAAAGUUUCACUCGCCGUGACUUUUCCUCCUUACAACAACGUUAUGACGACAUCACAUGCACACUCAAUUCUGCCGCCCCCGUAUUGAGCGAACCUAGCUCACCAGAAUCACCAGCUCAGUCAUACCGACGUCAAUCCCUUGCAGGAUCUCUCAACUCGACAAAUCGUCACGCCACCAGUCGUGCUCAACCUACGUUCGAUUUCUUACCUCCACCGCAGAUGGAAGAACCUGCCAAGUACUGGAACGAAUAUGACGACGGGAGUGAAUGUGCAGCUGAUGAUGAUGGAUAUGCUAUCUAUAUAAACCCAGAUGAAAGCACCAGUUUUCCGGGAUUCGACUAUCUGCAGAAUGCCCUCAAAGCACCCAUGAAGAAGGCAAGGGGUUGGUUCAAGCACAACAACACCCGGGAACGCCAGUCUCUACUCGGUGCCAACCAUUCACCUUACCAAUACUCCAGCACGACCUUCAACAAUAGCAGCGAGUCGGACGCGGAAGUAGGAUAUGCUAGUUCAGAUGGCUUCCCCACGACUGGAUAUGCCACGCACUAUGCCCUUCCCAGCCUAAAUCAACAGCAGGCACACUUGUACCGUGAGAAGACCUUGUUUUGGGGUACGAUCUGCUCCUUUGCCGUGUCUUUCUUGCUCCUCCUUGUGGCAGGCACGCUUAUUUCAACUGGCCGACACAGGCUUAGAGCUGAAGUUGACGCGGGCGUCACCGUUGGUGUUGUUGCGAGCUUGUUCACCGCCUGUAGUGCCCUCGGUAUGACGUUAUACCGGCACGACCGACUGUCAUUUCCACAUCUGCUGGCGGUGUGGACUACCUUCGUCGUCUCAUGUAUCCUCAAUGGCAUGCUGCUGAUUUUGGUCGUGGGAAACUCCCCGUAA